CUUGAAAUUGUCCCGACUAGAGGAGGCGAGGACUUGGGAAAAGCAGCUCGUCCUAAACUCGAUAGCUGCUUUAGCUAACGGAUUAACGGCAGCUUUAAGCGUUGUUGCUAACGUAUGAUAGUGUUUCCACUAGUUCAUUCAAUUCAAUUCGACGGGGGAAGGUUGUUUAGCCGACUUUGGAGAGGGCUAACACAUCGGAGGGAGCAUCGUUAUAUGUUGUUUUCCUGUUGGAGCGGACGGAGCUGUGGUUGUGGCCGGGCAGCCCCGCCGGACUGUUGGGCGAAACUGAGGAUUUCCACACGGAAUAUAACAACAACAAUACGUGUUUUUGAACCCUCCUGUUUUCGCAGAAGGAGAUUCGAAACGCUAUUUUUCAAUUACGUUUUUUUUUUUUUUAAAAAGCUAUGCGACUGAGCUUAUCGAGGAGAAGUUUGAUUGGAGAGCGGAGUGCGCUUGAUUUGCAGUCCGAUGGAUGUUAGCCCUGCCCGGCUGUGGCUCGGCUCUCUGCUCCCCUGGCUCUGAAAAUACCAGGUCAGACACCAACAAGCCCAGGUGAACACGUCUGUUUAACAAUGCUGCAGAUCUUGCAAGUACAUGACAGCCCCGGCUCGAAUGCCAACAAGUCGCCAUCCAUUGCUUGUCUGUAAAACCUGGAAAUACCUCCAAUCAUCCCCUCCUCUUCUACUUCUUCUUCAUCCCCCUCCUCCUCCUCUUCCUCCUCUUCUUUAAUAAUUUUUGGAGGCUUGCAUUACCUGGGAUACUGUGGAUUUAGACUCGACAUCGACAUUUUUUUCUUUUUUAAAGAUGCCCUUUUUGCAGAGACAGUGCUCUGUGCAGCAGCGAGACAUUUAAUUUGACUCUUUGAAUUUGAGAUUCUUUUUUUUUGUUAGUUUCGUUUUUUUUUCAUUCUCUUUCUAGUCAGAGGAUCAGAUUCGGAUGGAAAAUGGGAGACGCCACCAAACUGGCCUUCGCCGUGUUCCUCAUCUCCUGCUCUUCAGGUGCCAUCCUGGGACGCUCGGAGACACAGGAGUGCGCCUACUACAACUCCAGCUGGGAAAAGGAGCGCACCAACCGCAGCGGCAUCGAGCCCUGCUAUGGCGAGAAAGACAAGCGGCGGCACUGCUUCGCCACGUGGAAGAACGUCUCGGGAACCAUCGAGAUCGUCAAGCAAGGCUGCUGGCUGGACGACGUCAACUGCUACGACAGUAACGAGUGUGUGGAGAGGAAGGAGAGUCCCGACGUUUUCUUCUGCUGCUGUGAAGGCAAUAUGUGCAACGAGAGGUUCCUGUACACACCUGAAACGCCUCCACAGAGCGGCCCGCACCAAUCAACCGCCUACACCACCUCCAACCCCUUUUCCCAGAAUCCCCAGCUCUUCAGCACUCUGCUCUACUCCCUGGUUCCCAUCAUAGGCCUGGCCGCCGUCGUCCUCUUCUCCUUUUGGAUGUGGAGACAUCACAAACUGGCCUACCCAGCGGCCCUCGUCCCCACACAUCACGCCUUUCACAUUAUGGUGGAGGAUCCCGGGCCCUCACCCCCGUCCCCCAUUUUGGGACACAAACCGCUGCAGCUGAUCGAGGUGAAAGCCAGGGGGCGCUUUGGGUGCGUGUGGAAGGCCCAGCUGCUGAACGACUUUGUGGCCGUUAAGAUCUUCCCCAUUCAGGACAAGCUGUCUUGGCAGAACGAGUACGAGAUCUUCACCGUGAGCGGCAUGAAGCACGACAACAUCCUCCACUUUAUCGGCGCGGAGAAGAGGAACAACAACCUGGACCUGGAGCUGUGGCUCAUCACCGCCUACCACGACAAGGGCUCGAUGACCGACUACCUGAAGGCCAACGUGGUGUCGUGGAACGAGCUCUGCCACAUCAGUCAGACAGCGGCCCGUGGCCUGGCCUACCUCCACGAGGAUAUCCCGGGACACAAGGACGGACACAAGCCCUCCAUCGCCCACAGGGACAUUAAGAGUAAGAAUGUGCUGUUGAAGAAUAACCUGACCGCUUGCAUAGCGGACUUUGGCCUUGCCCUCCAGUUCGAAGCAGGGAAAUCAGCAGGGGACACACAUGGACAGGUGGGGACGCGGCGUUACAUGGCUCCUGAAGUCCUGGAGGGGGCCAUCAACUUCCAGCGCGACGCCUUCCUGCGCAUCGACAUGUAUGCCUUCGGCCUCGUGCUCUGGGAGCUCGCGGCACGAUGCACCGCUGCCGACGGCCCAGUGGACGAGUACAUGCUCCCGUUUGAGGAGGAGGUGGGUCAGCAUCCGUCUCUGGAGGACAUGCAGGACGUGGUGGUUCAUAAGAAGCUGCGGCCCAUCCUGCGGGACUGCUGGCAGAAACACGCGGGUCUGGCCAUGCUCUGUGAGACCAUCGAGGACUGCUGGGACCACGAGGCCGAGGCUCGCCUGUCCGCCGGCUGCGUCGAGGAGCGCAUCGGCCAAAUGCAGCGCCAAGCCCCCAUCAUCGGCCCCGAGGAGAUCGUCACGGUCGUCACCAUGGUGACCAACGUGGACCUCCCGCCCAAGGAGUCCAGCUUAUGAUGGGCCGGUCGGUCGACGCCGGUUUGAGCCAGCAGAAACACGGAUCGACACGAGGGGGAUGAACGGCCGACCCUGGUUGGUUGGCGGAGUGUUUUUUUGUUUGUUCCUUUCCGUUUUUAUCGUCUUUUAAGUGCGGGCCGCUACUCGCGUUCAGGAAACACCCUGCGCCCACCUCACCACAUCAGUUGACACCCACCUCAUUGUGAAAAUGUGUCCCCGAGGAUUUUAUCAUUUUAACAGUCGAGAACUCUCUCAUCCCGAUCAAACCGAUUCAGGAUAUUAACAACGACAGACGACGCCCAGGGACAGUGCUGACAUUCUGGGACGGCGACACCCAACAAACACUUUUAUCAUGUAUUGUUUUUAUAUAUACACACACACACACACACACACACACACACACACACGAUACAUACACAUACCAUACAUAUAGGACGGCGACUUUUUCUGCUCGGUCUUCUACAGAGAGAAAAGAUCGGGCGGAGAAAAUUUCACAGGACUCUGAGUGCAUUUUAGUGUAAAAAAAAAAAAAAAGAAAGGAAAAAAAAAAGACGAGCACCUGGCUCUCGUACAUUUGCUUUUUUCUCGUGUGCGUUUUUUCCCAAAAACGACUAUCGUUCUGCCAUAAGCAACAGCUUCUGAAUGUUUAUAGUGUAAUGCUGCUGUACAUAGUGUAUUAGGGACCCAGACGACUGGGUAAUCAAGCUUAUUUAGGGCUGGGGAGGGGGGGGGGGGUCCAUUUUCAAGCAUUACGACGAUGAAAACCAUAAACCUCCUUCAACCAGGUAUACCUCAGUUCAGAUGGACACAGUUUAAAUUAGUUCCCUCUCCCUGUUCCCGCCCAUAGCUCACAAUCUCCACGGUUCUCCAUGACAUCCCUAAACAGUCUACUGUCAGCCAUGACACUCAUGGGUAAUGUAGUCCACAAGCCUGGAUACACACACGGCCCCUACACACCGAAAGUGUCCCCUUUCUCAGUCUCACAUUGAGUUUUUUUUUUUUGACUGGAUAAAAACUUUCUCCUUUUUUGGUAGUUCUAUGGUUUCCUCUCUGUUCUGAUAAUUAGGUGUGGGGGGCAUGCCUCUGUAUUUCUUAUUUUUAUUGGGUUUGCCGUGUCAACUGUCAACGGAGUAAUAAUUUCUUUCGCUGGCAGGCCUAAUUUUUGGCCAUGAGAUCUGGAUCUACAGUAUUUCCAUCUCUGGAUCAGCGCUGGGUACCAACUAAUGCUACCUUUUGAUAUUUGAAAUCCGAAGGUUAUUAACUCGCUUGUCAAACUCUUGGAGCAUAUUCGUCUUGUUCCUUUUCAUUUUGUGAGAUCAGUAUGUGUGGUCUGAUUCGAUCUAUAGGAAAAAGCAGAUUAACAAUAACAGAUCAUCCGAUCAUUUAUUUAAGGAGGUUCAUCAGAUUUAAAGUGCAGGGGUACCCAGCCCUGACUUGGAAUUAUACCUGGAUCUGAGCCACCUUGCUUCUGAUUGGAUUGCACACACAUCUUUUUUUUAAUUACUAUCAAGAGUUUCUGCUCUCUUUUGAUACACCUCAGGAAUCUUUGCUACGCCCCACCUCCUCACCUCAUCUUCCUCCUCUUGUCCUCCCCCGUCUCAGACUGGAGUACCUCCUUCUCUCGCUUGCUCUCUCUCUCUCUUUCUCGCCUCAUCUCUACUUGUAAUGGGUUAGCCGUGCUGUCACGCUCAAUGUGUCCCCGCUGUCUUAAGGACCAGAUGAAAUCUUAACAGCGGUUGGGCAUCGUUUAGAUUUUUUAAAUUCUGAUUGUUCUGAUUCGGGUUCUUGUCGAUUCCGAUUCUUUGAGGGAUGAAGUUGGUACGGGCCACAUGCUUAUUUUACAGAUUAGAGGAACAUUUUUAUUUAGAAUCAGGCUACAUUUGCACCGCUAACUUUUGGUUUAAAAGAGAAUAUCUUCUGCUACAUUUCCCCCUCUCAUUCCCCCUGCUCUGGCGUUCCCCCCUCUCAUUCCCCCUGCUCUGGCGUUUCCUCCUCCCCCUCUCAUUCCCCCUGCUGGCGUUUCCCCUCUCAUUCCCCCUGCUCUGGCCGUUCCCCCCUCUCAUUCCCCCUGCUCUGUGUUUCCCCCUCCUCAUUCCCUCCCCUGCUCUGGCGUUUCCCCCUCCAUUCCCCUCUGCUCUGGCGUUCCUCCCCCUCAUUCCCCUGCUCUGGCGUCCCCCUCUCAUUCCCCCUGCUCUGACGUUUCCCCCUCUCAAUCCCAUCCCUUCCUGGCCUUUCCCCUCUCAUUCCCCCUUCCUGGGCGUUCCCCCCCUCAUUCCCUCUGCGCUGGCGUUCCCCCUUCUCAUUCCCCCUGCUCUGGCGUUUCCACCUCUUAUUCCUCUCAUUCCCCCUGCUCCGGCGUUCUAUUUAGCCUCAAUGCUAAUUUCCAGUUUCACCGGGCUUUUUAAACGUAAAAUAAAGCCAAACUUCAGAGCACCACUUACUGUGCUCCGUGGCUGCAACACAAAAAGUGCCUGGAAGUACGCGGUCGUUACGGAAACCAAAACGUGUUAAAUUUGGAAACAUGAUCUGAAUCAAAACCAUAUUUUCCAGUUCUCGAUGCCCAAUCCUAAUCUUAACCCUACUCCAGGACAGCUCAAUUUCAAACUUUCAUUUUUUUCUGUUUCUACAACCCUGUCAAAUCUUUCCCAUCCCUAUACAGCUGUUCAUUUCGUCCCACGUCUGAGAGCAAGUUAGUUCCACCUUUUCGAAGUCAAAUGUGGCCCAAACAUGACUCCACACAACUUCUUUUGUCGCCCCCGUGUUCUCGGUCUCGGCAAGUAAGCCAAAUAAGCUCUGACUCUGGCCAACUAGUUGACUAAUCGCUCGACUGUUUUUCAGAUAAAGACCACCACUUUUCUCCACCCGCUCUUAAUAAACAGGUUCAACAGUUUAACUGGAUACACUAAAGUGUUGCGUUCUUCACACAGGGCUGAAAUGAAUGAAUGGUUUUGGAUCGCACAGCUAACUGCCGUUAGAAGAGUUGAGACGAGGAAGCUCUCUUUUUUCAUCCCGGUGCCAUUUCUACAUGUCCAUAUUAGUUACUCUUGUAGAUGUCAGGCAAAACGGAUGUAUCUCGUCACUGUUGUGAAGGCAACGGUGACAUUUUCUUUGUCUUUUGUUUUCAUCUGAGGGACAUUGAACACUGGUGCCGGCAGACCUGCAGUCUCUCCUCAAGCUUUGGGCCGGUUUCACAGGAACUCAGUUUAAAAUCAAGCGGUGCGUUUGGAAAUACUAAAAAACAAAUGAAGAAACUUCUUUCUACCGAACCGUUUCACAUUCAGGGCAAUUCACAAGUAUGCUUUCUUUAUGAUCAUUAUAAGCAAACGCCGUACUGUAGUCCUUGAGGAAAUAGAAGGAAACAAGUUGUUUUUUAAACUGAAUUGACUCCGGAUCAUUUCUGAACAGUUUAUAAUUGAGCUGAAUAAUUGUUACGAGCGCUCAUAUAUUCCCCAAGUAUUCUGCAAAGUUUUUGUUUCUAACGUUUUUUUUUUGUUUUUUUUCCCAAGGAUGUUUUUUGGACAAUUAUUUGUUUUUUUGUUUAAAAAAAGUCCCAUAUGUUUUUUGUCGCUUUUCUCGACUUUUUUUUUUGCUUUUUUCUGAGUUUUUGUUGCCUUUUUCAAGUAUUUUGGACAAAUCUUUCCAAAGUUUUUGUCGCCUUUUUUGUUUUUUUCCGACAUCUUUGGCACUUUUCCUGAAAUUUGUUUCCUUUUGACAUUUUUGUUGGAUGCAUUCAACAUCCCAGCUCACAACAGAGUCAGCGAGGCAGAAAUACAGACUUACCAGGGCCAAACUAACUUAAUAUUAACCGUUAAUCUGACUUUAAAAGGCAGUGUUUCCACAAAAUAACCCAAAUUGGGAGGAAGUGACAGUCAGGAUGGGGAUACUAUCUCUGCACGUGAUAAGACUAUUGGAACAACACAGCAAGCCUGAAGGAAGUUAAAGCCAUCUUGUUGUUUCUUUACUGUAGCACAAGUACAAUAUUUGUGCCAAUAUCGCUUCCUUUGGCGGCUGCUGCUUUUUAAGCAACUGCUAUUCAGAAACAGCCAUUUUUUUUCUAAGUUCCUCAUGAAGCUUCAACAGUCAGGGACGUUGAGUACUGCAAAGCCCAGCAGCCCUUCAGUAAGCACUACCUCAAACUCCCAGGGAUAUCUUCUGGGGGUAGAAAGUGUGGCAAAUAAACCAAAAUCGUAACCGUGUUCCUCCAGUAGAAAGGGGAUUCAAAUUCCUUCGAAAAGUCUUUGAACUGGGGGAUUAUUUCUUGGAGUAAACUCCUAUUCCCCCCCCCCCCAUAGGUUUGAGAUGACUGACGCAAAAUAAGGCUUAAAAGUUUCAACGUUUUAACCAUUAUGCAUUAUCUUAUAUGAAACUUUUUCCAUUACUGUACUAGACUGAACAGCAGACAGCUUCUUAUUAAAAACGCUGACAAGCACGACCGUAAGAAGAAAAACGUUUUACCAGUAUUACCCUCUUUGUGUCCAAAAAGUGUAAUACUUACCAGUAUUUCAGCAGCCAAGUGGACUUUAAAAGCCUGCCAAAGUGGCCGGGAGAGCUGCAAACGAAUCGGCCACAGCAGCCGCAACAAAAAGGUGCCAGUGUUUGGUUGGCGGCCCCAUCCCAGUACUGUAGGUAGAUGGGGGGGUGGGGGGGGGGCAGCGUCAGUGUUAAACAGCUUGAGUUUAAACUGCGCUUGAGAAACCGACCCAAACCGACAAAUACCAUUCAGGGAUUCAGUACUAUGCUUUUCUAAGUUCUAGCAAGUUUUAUGCAACCAGUGCCGCAAUUUACCCUACACUACUGUAGGAUCAGCUGCAGGAGUGACUUUCAAUAUACAAACACACACAAAUAACUUGUAGCAUUUUUAUUUUUGUUUUAUUUUUUAUUUGUGACCUUGCAUAUUGAUAUGUUGUGUAUUUAUUUUUUAAUUUACAGGCAUGAGGUUUUGGGGAUCAGAGCUCAGGUGCAACUCGGAAAAAUGUCAAGAGUUGGCACGAUGUACGGUUGUUGUUGUUGUUGUUGUUGUUGUUGUUGGGGGUGGGUGUUCAGUUGUAAUUCAGGAACUACUUUCACUAAUUCAAAAAGAAAAAAAGAUAUAAACUGUAACGUGCUUCUUUCUAUUCAGUCUAUGGACAAACUACCGAGAAGGAAUGUUCUUCAGACUCCUGGAUUCCAGUAUUGUGUGUACUUUGGUGGAUUGAGUCCGGCCCUGUGUAACUUUAGAGGGCUUUGGGUUCGGCUGGUUUCAUGUGAUUGUGCCCUGUCGACAUAGAAACUGGUAAAACCGACGCACUCUGCGAGCCAUUCAUACACCUCUCGGGUGAAUGGUGACCUGAUGGAGAUGGAAACGAGCAUCUGCUCUAAGGGGACUCCCAUUCAGUCCAACCAGAAAACAGUCCUGUGCAAUAUUUGGUUGUUAAUUGUAUAGCUCCCAAAUAGGAUUUGAACUGAAAGAGUCCUGCUGUACCAACAUAUGUUCUGGCCUUGUCGUUGCUUUGGCCCAUCCUUAAAUAUCGCCUACAUUUUCACCCUUCUACAUUAGCUUCUAAAUCUUUGAAUUGGCUCUUUUAUCCAGAAUAACUUCCAUGCUGUUUCUUGGUCUGAACCUGCAGCUGCCAUUUUUGUCAAAUCCGAUCAGACCUCUUACCUUGCCCUCAGGUCUUGACUUUCUUGGCAAACCUAUUCAGACUCAACUAUGGUCUAAAACAUGGUCCGAACAAUUUCAUUUAAAGGUGUACGAAUGGGUUUUCUCAGCGUGCCGGCUUUACGUUUUUCUAUCCCGACUUCCUCGAGCCCAGCACCUCACUUUGCUGUGCAGAUAAACUACCAGUGAAACAUUUGUCUUGUUGCCCCUACUAUUUUAAGCAGUCUAGGAUCUGUACAGACAUGAGAACAUAAAUACCUGUAUCAACUAUAUACUCUGAGCUGAAUCUUUAUAAGUGUGUGUUGAACUUCAGUGUUUUCUCUACAUUUAUAAUUUUCUUGUGUUUUGACUCCACGGCGGGGCUCGGCCCCGGCUGCAUAAAAAGAUUGUCCUUCACUUUGCAAAAAAACAACUUUAAGUUGAGCUUUGUGUAAGCUAAAAGCUAGAGGCUCAUUGGAGUACGUUGUAAGGCAUCCAUGAAAGCACUUAAGGGUUCCUUGGCAGACAGAAAACACAAACUUUCAGCCCAGGGCGUUCCCCAAGGAACCUUCUCGGAUCUGCUGACCGUUGCAAUUUGAAGAAUCCCCCAAAAGCUCUUAAAGACCAGUUGCAAUACUCCAUAUGUGCUAAUGCAAUCACCCACUACAGGUAUUUCAUUCCAGCAUCUCAAUCUCCUCCUUUUUCUCACCGUUGGUAAGAAUUUUAGAGGAAACAUUGAACUCCAAUGACCUCGCCGCCAAGACUGUCUUGGCAGCAGGAUAAGUCUGGUUACCAGGCCUGGAAUUUCUACAAACUAAACCCAAAACACUAAAAGCGUUUUUGACCCCACAUUUCUCAAGGCUCUCGAGUUGCAGCGCUGAUCCAGGGUCUGCCAACGCAGCCUCUAAUGGUCAUGAUGCUCACGGGGUUUCUUUCAAGGCAGGAAGACACUGAGCUUCAGUGGAUUGUGUAAAAAAAA